AACCCGAACGUCCAAAGUAAUUAAAUAGAUUAAGUAGUGUAUACUCAAAGUUUUAGAAAAAGUUCUACUAACUUAAUUAUGUCAAGUUGGUGUAACAUGUUCUUCCUUUUUGAGUAAUUUUAACUAAUAAUUUUUGAUUAAAUGGAACUAUUUUGUGUAUAAGUAAGCAUUACUUAAAAACAUAACUUAAGUAAAAAUUAAUAGAGUUAAGUAAUUGCAUGCUAAUAAUGAUAGAGUCCUGUUAUUUCUAUUGUUUCAAAAAGGGAUGAUUUAAAAAUAAACCUAAUUUAUAUAGCACAUGCUAAAAUACAAUAAAAUCUCAAAGUGCUUCAUCAAUUCGUCAUUUUUUUUUAUUUUUUAUUCUCAUAAUUUUUUACUUAAGUGUUAAGUAGCUGCAGGGAUCAUCAUUUAUUCCAAGUUAAUCUCUGAUUCGCCUUCCGAAGCAGAAGGCGGCGCUAAUGCGCAUACUACACUGAUUCCUUAGCUCUGAAAAAAAAAAACUGAAAAGUUUAAACGGUUGAGAGUUUGGCGGGAAGCAACAGAAGGCCUGCAGAAAGUUACUACCUACACGGCAGCAUUCAGCAUUACUCGACUUACUUUUCAGAUCAGUUUAUGCCCUUGCAUCUCCCUGUUCCAGUUUCAUUAAGUUAAGACAGUUAAGAAAGACAACUGGAGAUGUGAUAAAGAUACCAGGUUGCUGGUUCCAAAAUGAUCUGGAAGUGUAAGUUGUGCGCAGCUUCUUACACCUCCAGAAUACAGUUAUUUAGACACUAUAGGCUGCAGCACAGCCACUAUUCCAGAAUCAGCCCCCUUCCAUGCCUCUACACUGAUUGCAUUUGCACAUUUCAGACACUUAAUGCACUGAGUACUCAUUUGUCAAGAUAUCAUACAGCACAACCUAGCAGUUGUACAGAGUCAGGGCCCUGUGUUAUUUAAAUGCCCUUUAUGCACAUUUCAGCAACCCUUUUCUAAUUCAGCUCUUUUCAGUCAUCUCAGAAAGCAUUUAAAAAAUCAUUUAACAGUGACGUGCCCAUAUAAGGAUUGUAGCUAUAGCACAAAUGUGUACUCCUCGUUCAAUACUCAUAAAAGUAGAGAACACCAAGCAGGUCUUGCAUCUGACUUUCAAAUUGAUAUGGUCAGUGAGGAUCCCCAUAGUCUUCAAGCCAGUAUUUCUGAGGAAACUAGUGAUUUGCAUGAAGAAUGGCCAGAGCAGAGAAGGGGAGAAUGAAGCUCUACCAGAGGUUGCUCAAGUACACAUUAGAGAACAAACAACUAGUGACACAAUCUACAAGACAACAAAUGUGACCAUUGAUGGCACAGACUAUGUCUGUGGAAUGUUUCUGUCUGUAGGAGUCAGUGGUGGACUGUCGAAAUUUGGCAAAAUAGAAGAGAUCUUUCUUGUGAAUCACAACGUAUCUUUUCUGUGUUGUGAUUAUGACUCCUGGUAUGUAGAACAUCUACGGUCCUAUGAGCUGUCAACUGCAGACAUAAGCCUGUCGAUCCACCUGCAGUCUGGUCUGAAUGAUACAGUCCCUCUCUCUGCAUACAAGAUAGACGGCUCGCUGCUGCUGACCCCCAAGCGGUUCAUUCAAGUGAGACAGAACUGAGUUCAGCACAAUGGCAGCUGCAUCCCCACAACCAAUGAUUCUUCGUGUUGUUGAGCCAGACCAGGCUAGAAAAUUAAAACUCAGCUCACGACCAGCCUCUGUUGAUGCACUGAUCAACAUUAUAAAAGAACAGCUGGAAAUCAACCUUGACUUCGAUUUGCUUUACGAAGAUCCAGACUUUGAAGGGAAACUUACUUCCCUUACAGACAUUGAGGAAUUGCCACAAAAAGCUGUUGUGCACAUCUCACUUUCACAAGACUCCAGCUCUAUUGCAUCUACUGUUCUACUUUCAGAUGUGUCAUCUCCAGAGCGUCUCAGCAGGUGGCCUCCAGGUCCUUUCCCUGUUCCCACAUUUGCAUUUGAUGUUGAACUAAAACUUAGAGAUGGAAAUGCGGAAUAUAAGAAGAACAACACGCACCUUAAGUUGACAAGAGACCUAAAGCACGACAUUUUAGAAAAGCUUGCAUCUACUAUAUAUGGUUUUAAGGCUUACCCAAGUGAUAAAGAGAUUGCAAAGGCUGCUGAGGCUCUUGUAGCCAAACAUCCCUGCUUGAAGGAAGCAGGAUCUGAGACUGGCUGGAAUGGAUGGAAAAACUCCAUCAAGUUCAAGAUGGGCAAUUUCAGGAACAAAAUGAGACGGGCUGGAUGUCAGGAGGUCACUGUUAAUGCUGGAAAAAGAAGUAGAAGUAAUCCUGAAAAUGAAUAUUCACAUUCCAACAUUAAAAGACCCAAGCGAGCAGAAGUCAACUUCCUACCAAACUUUCCCCAAGGAAAGGAUCCUUCAAGCCUUGAGCAGUUGAGGCAGACAAUUGUUGAAGAAGUCAAGAAGACUGAGAAGAACCUGCCCCUCAUUAGAAAGAUGAUGGAGACCACAUUUCCCCUACGCCGACAGACCAUAGUGAUGUCCUGCCCACCAGUGAACGAGCUCAUGGACCUCUGGCCUGCUCUCAAAAUAGAGUCUGAGUUGUAUGCAGAGUUCCAGCGGAUUACGAAUCAGAACCUGCCCAACACAUUCUAUGCUGAGCUUGACCGCCAUCUUCCUCGACUGAUGACCUUAUUCAGACAGAAGGCAUCAAAAACUGGAAAGACAGCAGAUGCUCUGGCUGAAAUUUUAAAAAUCCACGAUGAACUGGAAAUCCAUGACAUCCACACCAAGCGCAUUACUGUUCUCCACGCCCUUCCAGUGUAUCUGCACGAGGACGUUUCUGGAUUUUUCAGAACCUGCACAGUGAGUCUCCUUAAGUCACUAACGGAUUCUACUGUGUAUAAUGUAAACUGUCCAUCAAAAUACUAAUAUCUUUUAGGACUUACCUUUGUUUAGUCUACCCAUACAGUUUCCAUGUAUUGGCAAGUGAUAAGAUGUUAAGUAAAACAUUUUCCUGUAAAUGUCCUUUAGCUUGGUUUCAGUCUAUCUCACACCACUUAGGUUCUCUGGUAAUUUGGCUGAUUCGUGUGUGCAGAACAUGAAUCUUAUGUUUUUCACCUCUUACAAUGAGACCCAAGUCUCCCUUGGGUCUCAUUGUGUUGGUAUUGGUUUAGUUUAGUUUUGUGUUAGUUUGUGAUUAGCAUCUCUUUUUCAAUCAUUCAGGACGAGUCUGAUGAGCCGGAGCUUGAUGGCGUUGCAGUGGGCCUCCUUACGGUCAUCAGUGACAAUGACACACGUCCAGUUCACCACCACCCUGUGAGAAUCUCUGUAAUCAUUGAAAGUGAUGCCGUGGUCAGCCUCCCCAGACUUAGCGAUGCCUUCCUGGUAAUAUUUGGACUGAUAUAUGCACUACACCUCAGCUACCCCAAAGCACUGACCAACACUUUUGAAUUCACUGAAAAGAUUUUACUUGGUCUAGAAAGUGGUAAACUGUCACCCAGGUUGCAGACCCUCAAGAAUGACUUGUUGAUGUAAGUGACUGAUGGAGGAGGUGGAGAGGGAGGUGACUGAUGGAGGAGGUGGAGAGGGAGG